AUGCAUGUAAGCCUGAAUUUGAAGACUGGUGUGGAUCAUUUCUGCCUGCACCCCGGUGGCUCGGCGGUGAUCGACAGAAUCAGAAACAGUCUGGAGCUCGGUGAGCAUGAUGUGGAACCAUCAAGAAUGACACUGCAUAGAUUUGGAAACACAUCAGCUAGUAGCCUCUGGUAUGUUCUAGGUUACAUGGAGGCCAAGAAGAGGCUGAAAAGGGGGGACAGAGUUCUGAUGAUUAGUUUUGGAGCUGGUUUUAAAUGCAAUAGUUGUUUGUGGGAGGUGGUUAGAGACUUGGAAGAUGGAAAUGUUUGGGGGGACUGCAUUGAUAACUACCCUCCAAACACAAUGGUCAAUCCUUAUAUGGAAAAGUUUGGUUGGCUUUACACUGAGAAACCAGACGACUCUCAUAAUGAUGAGUAAGAAGUUCAUGGACACUAAACUCUCUCUUGUAAG